AUUAUGGCGGAUUCAUUUAAUGAUCAUAAAGUUGAUACUACUCUUUUGAACAAACGCAUUCAAUUUGAGGAUCAACUAGCUACAGUUCGUUAUGUUGGGCCUGUUCCACCUACAAAGGGAGAGUGGCUUGGCGUAGAAUGGGAUAACGUAGUAAGAGGAAGACAUGAUGGUGUUCACGAGGGCACGCGCUAUUUUACUUGUAGCGUACCCAAUAGCGGUUCUUUUAUCCGUUUUUCGCCAAAGAUAAAUACAGGUCGUGGUUUUGUCGCUGCUCUCAUCAAUAAGUAUAUUGAUUACGAUGGUGAUGGAAAGAUACAAGGGAAUGAAGAAGAGACAUAUGAUGCUCAAAAGGAUUUAGACACGCUUUAUUGGGCAGGAAAUACUAAGAUCGAAGUUGAAGCAUUAGGAUGGGACAAAAUUCGUCGUAAACAACGAAAAUUAGACCUAUUGACUGAAGUUGGUCUUUCUUUUGAGCAAAUAUCAAAUGCCGGUAACCCUGGAGAAAUUGAAGCUACAUGUCCAAGUAUAUUAAAAUUAAAUAUAGAUAUUUUUAUAAAUUUAGAUGAAUCUACUAUCAGACUGGGAAACAGUUGCCCUUAUUUGCCAGGAACUCAAAAAGUUGGAAGUAUUGCGUUUAAAAUAGAACUUCUUGAACCAUGUUUUCCAAGUUUAGAAAACCUGCAACUUGGUUUUAAUAAUAUCAGAAUAUUGUAUAAUAAUGAGAAUGAAAAAGAAAAUCAUCCAGUAAAUAAAGUUAAAGGAUUUGUAAAAUUAAAAAUGCUUAAUCUUGAAUCUAACGGUAUAGAUAAUUGGGAUACAAUUGCAUUUUUCUCGGAUUUGCCUUGUUUGGAAACUCUUUUUCUCAAUAAUAAUCUAAUUGAGCGCAUUUUUUAUACAAAGGAAAAUGAAAAUAAUAAAGGAUUUUCAAAAUUACGAUAUUUGAAUGUUAAUGAAAACAAGAUUAGCGAUUGGAAUAGUAUUGAUGAACUCAACAAAUUUCCUUCAUUAAAUGAACUACGAAUCAAAAAAAAUCCAUUUCUUGACAACGAAAAACUUACUGAGGCGAAUAUGUCGUUAAUUGGCCGAGUCAAGGGUUUAUCAGUGUUAAAUGGCAGUAUUAUAUCUCCAGGGGAUAGGGUUGACGCAGAAAGAUUUUAUCUUAGAAUAUGUGUAAAAGAUCUUAAAAAGACUCCAGAAGAAAUAGAGAAAGAACAUCCGCGAUUUAAAGAAUUGUGUGAACUACACGGUACACCAGUUGCUGAUGAAAUAAGUAUGAAAGCCACCAGCAAUAUUUUAAAGGAUCGUUUAUUAGCACUCACAAUCACUUCUCGACCAUCCCUUGAACAAGAUCCUAUAAAAAAGAUUUCUAAAAAACUUUUAGGAACAAUGGAAAUACGAAGUUUGAAAAAUUUGCUUCAAAAACUCUUUGGAAUACCAGCUUCACAACAGCAAUUAUUUGCAAUUACCAAUUAUAAAUAUGUGUAG